AUGCGAAGUUCCACCGAAACUCUGCAAUUGGUAAGUGAUUAAAUAAAACAUGGAGACAGAUCCGCAGAAAUUCGUUUUGAUCAACCUCGGUAUCGAACGUAAACCUGCCAAGUUUUGGUUUUUUUUUACUUUUCCGCGGAGAAAAAACAACAUUUUGUUCGUUUCAACUUUCAACAACGCUAGCCUUAUGCAACGAUAGAAGAGAAGUUGCGGACUUUUACCGAGUAGGCACAAUUUCAUGGUUGAACGGUUUGCAGCUCCUGCCCAGCCACACGCUUAUCCGGCUCAAUUUCCGACGGGCAUUUUCCAGACGGGCCAUUUCAACAUGCUCAAUGUGCCGAUCGGAAUCUACCCUGUGACCUUCGACGAUCACCAGCAAGACGCGAAAUCGUUUCCCGAACGCUUACUUCCUCAACGCUUAAUGGAGAAGUUCAAAACCGUCGAAACUGAGUUUGAAAGUGAGAUUUUGCUACUGCUCUUUGUGGGAAAACAGAACCCAAAAAAUGUUUUCAGAUCCGCUUAUCAUGCAGAAACUGAAAUGGCGUCGCCCUGAUGAUUUCUAUCAAAACGAGCGGAACCAGCGAAACGGAGAAACGAGAAAGCCGACCCCAUCCGAGUGUUUCGAGCGCGUUGCACUCUUUCCUGUAGAGCAAGAAGAAGAAGAGCCAGGAGAGGAAGAGCCGCAGCCUGCAGAUAAUGCGAAGCAUGUAUUUAUGUCAUUUACUAUCCUAACUUUUUCAGUCCUCCUAUUUUGCCUAUACUUUUGCAUCAUAUUUCAUUAUUAUUCUCGACUCCGAUUGUGAAAGUAAACUAUUGCAAUUCUGACGCUUAGAUUGAUACGAUUGUUUGGUUACAACCCCAACUUUUAUUUAUCAAACAUUGCUCAAUUUAGAAGUGUUUUAUUGGCACCCUAAAAUUCUGGCGAUGGCGCUCUAUCGCGAACUUUUUCAAUUUAGUGCUGAGAGCUGUGGAGCGCGGUUGCCAGACCUCUGCGGGAGCAGUUUCUUUAAUUCUCAGACAAAUGGAUCUUCUGGUGUUCGACGCGAAAAAGGGCAAUCGAAGGGGAAAAGCGUGGACUCCAGUCGCACUGGACAAAAAAGACGUGAGCGAAAUGCUCGGCGAACGGAAGAUUGAAGCGUUUUUAGUAAGCUUUUAUUGGCGAAAAGUGGAAUAUUGAGCAAUUCAGAACGGAGGACUCGUUCAAAUACUCGACGAACAAGUGGCCGAAAUCCUUUAUGAAAUGGCCGGAAUCGGCGAAUGGCUGGAAGAUGGGCGGGAAGAGAGCACUUCUGUGAGCAGAACUUGCUUCGGAGCACAGAAUGACGUGGAAUUGGAAGAGCUGAGUGGCUCUAAUUGGGCAGGUAUACAAAAAGCUCUUUUGUCGGGCGAAUUUCCUACUUUCAGACUUGUCCCCAGUGCUGAAUAUUCUCGUGCUCACCCCUGAAGAGACGAUCCUUUUAGCAGUGGAUUGGCAGAUUCUGGAGCUGAAAAAAGGAAAAAUGCCUAUUCCACGAGAAGAUAUUUGGCUGAAAAUGAGCCAUUUAUCUGAAAAUCCUGAUAAUUUUGGAAAAUCUUUCGCAGUUUUCCGAUUUUUACGCGAAAAUGGAUGGAUUGUAAGGAGUGGCCACACAUUCGGAUGCGAUUUUUGUAAGCCGGAACCCAAAACUCUAGGAGAUUGAGUACUUUUUCAGUGAUUUACUGCCUCGGCGCACAGCAAUUUCACUCGUCCGCCGGCGUUCUGAUCUCCGACGAAAUAGAUCCGAUCCGCCUUCUGACGCUCACCCGGAUUCUGGCGCACAACAAGAAGGCGCUGGUGCUGGCGACGUGCGGAGAAGCGAAGACGUUCGAGGAUUCGGUGGCAGCAAAAGUGGAGGUAGUGACAUCGAAAACGUACUUUUUGGAAAGGGACGUCGCCCAGAUAUCGAAUCGGAAGAACGAAGUGUACGAAGUGAAAACGGAGACUUUGAUUGAUUAA